GUUGGGGGGGGGGGAUGGUAAAAAGCCACUUUUGGGGGCUCCCCUUCCGCCUCAAAAUGGGUGAUUUUGUAUUCAUUCAUUCAUUCAUUCAUUCAUUCAUUCAGCCCGGAUUUUCCCCCAUUCGAGGAAGCGAGGGGUUGGGCUUCCGCCCUUUGUGUCACUCUACGCUCAUUGCAGAGGGUUUGGGUUUUGCAUUUUUUUUUUGGCCACUUUGGUGUUUUGGGGUGCCUCCCUUCACGGUUCCUACCUUUUAUCCUCCCUUUGUGGUGGCUUCCAUCAUCUGGAUUGGGUUGAGCAAAACACCGGCUCCGCUCCACGCACCGCCAGCUGCCAACGCUUUGGCUCAACCCAAAUUCUGGUGCCACGCAACGCUGUGCCAGGACUUAUCCCAACACCAGCAGCGACCAUUCAUUUUUUCCCCCCAUGUUCUCCCUAUGCUGGACCAUGUGGAUGGGGUAAAGGCCUCGUGCUGAUGCGGGGCCGCAACGCAGCUCGUCCGGAAGCGCGCGGCUUCGUCAGCUUUUCCGCUGCAAGAUGCAAACUCUGCAGGGCGGGUUUCUCUUCUGCUUUCUGCUUUGCUUUGGCAAACGUUUUCUCUGCAUGGAAGCGCGGGUAUUUUCUGCUGCAUGGUUUGUUUGCUGUCAGCUUGGGAUGAGGAGCGGGGAUUGCUGCUGCGCUCAGUUCUCAUGAAAGAGGAGCGCGAGGAUGGAGUACGGCAGCUGCGAGUACCUGGUCCCCUGCGGGAAAGACAAAUUCAUCUCCAAAAAUGAGCUGCUGCUGCACUUGAAGACAUACAACAUCUACUACGAAGGGCAGAAUUUGCAACUGCGGCACCGGGAGGAGGAAGGCGAGCUGAUCGUCGAGGGGCUGCUGAACAUCUCGUGGGGCCUGCGGCGGCCCAUCCGCCUGCAGAUGCAAGAUGACAACCAGCGCAUCCGCCCACCGCCCUCCUCCUCCUCCUGGCACUCUGGGUGCAACCUGGGGGCACACGGGUCCGUGCUGAAGCCCAGCACCUUGCCAGACAUCCAGGUGACGGAUGUGGAUGCCUCAGUGAACACAGAGAGUACAGGCCACAACACAGGCACCACGAGGCUGCAGCCAGAAGAUCCACCGCAGCUGCUGCGCACACGGAGUGACGUGGGUGUGCGGCGCCGGGGCAGCUCCCGUACCCCCAGCGAGCAACGCCGCAUCCGUCGCCACCGCUUCUCCAUCAACGGGCACUUCUACAACCACAAGACAUCCGUGUUCACGCCGGCAUACGGCUCCAUCACCAAUGUGCGGAUCAACAGCACAAUGACAACCCCGCAGGUGCUCAAGCUGCUGCUCAACAAGUUCAAGAUCGAGAAUUCGGCGGAGGAGUUUGCACUCUACAUCGUGCACACCAGCGGAGAAAAGCAGAAGCUGAGGGCCACCGAUUACCCACUGAUUGCCCGCGUCCUGCAGGGCCCCUGUGAGCAGGUCUCCAAGGUCUUCCUGAUGGAGAAGGACCAGGUGGAGGAGGUCACCUACGAUGUGGCACAGUACAUCAAAUUCGAAAUGCCCGUCCUCAAGAGCUUCAUCCAGAAGCUGGAGGAGGAGGAGGACCGCGAAGUGAAGAAGCUGAUGCGCAAGUAUUCCAUCCUCCGACUGAUGAUUGAGCAGAGGCUGGAGGAGAUCUCUGAAGGUCCAGUGAGGCUGUGAAUGCAGCUCUCAUUGCAAGAAGCUUGCAUGAAGGCCAUCCUGCACCGAACCCUACAUUCCCAUUGCUUGGGGAGCAUCAACCAGGAACCAACUCAUCCUUCUGCAUUGGGCAGGAUGUAGCUAUUGCCAUGCCCAGAUGUCACCCCCAAAAAUUCGAGCCCGUGUGGUGCCAGCACACUCAGGGUAGCCCCGUCCCAUGCACGGGACUUGGCAGCUUCUUUGCAGCAUCCUCAGAGGGCUCUUCUUCUGCAAAUGCUUGUUCUGCUCCUUGCUGGAUGCAGAGAGCCAUGUGCAGGGCUCUCCCAGUGGCACAAAACUCCAAUCCUUGCAAAACAGAGAGAAAGAGGAGAUUUGGGAGCAGGGCAGAGCAGCUGCACAGGAGCAUGAGAGGAGCUGCAAGUGCUCAGCAGCAAUAACCCGGGUUCAGUUUGGUGCAUUUCCCCCAUGCAGUGCCUGGAGGAAGCCAAACAGCACAAAUGAUUCCUCUUAGAAAAAAAAAUAUAUAUAUAUAUAUUUUAAAAAAAAGCACAUUUGUCUUGCAAUAAUUCACAGGUGAUGGGAAAAGCUUUUGUACAACCCCAGAGGACCUCGGAGAAUUGCUUUCUUCCACUUUUGCCAUGGAAAGCAAAACAAGAUUGAAUGUUGGACUUACAGUGAAAGAGUUUCCCAGCGCGUUUCUCCCUUAAACCCGCAUCUGGUUGUUUAACCCUCCUCCCCCUGUUUCUAAUUUGCACUAAUUAUACUGCGGGAUUUAAACAAAAACCACCACACUCAUGAUGUCAAAACUCUCUGGUAGCCGUACCGUGCCAAAUGCCGCUCGCCGGAGCAACGACGGUGCUGAGCUGCCCCCGAGAGAUUGCUGCAAGGAAACUGGAGCAGCACAGGGACUCUGUGAACAUUCCUCAUCUCAUUUUUUUUUUUGGGGGGGGGGGAAUUUUUUGCGUGUUUGUGAGUUGAAACUGGGUCUGGGUAAUGUUUCUGCUUGUGUGUGAGGAUGGUGGGAGGGGAUUGAGACAGAAAGUGGUUUAUUUUGCCAGGCAAAAGCCUCCUCCUUCCAUGCUAAACCAGCAAUAUCUAUUUUAUACCUCGAUGUCAACUAAAACUCUGACUUUCUCCCACUCUUGAGUAUUUUGCGAUGUAUCUUUGUUAACAUUUUUUUUGGUUAAUGGUACCUUUUACACUUUUAACACGUGUUACAGGAAGUAUUGUCCGGUGUCAAAAGUGUUUUAUGUAUUUGGAGGACGAUUGUGGCAUUGCUUUGUUUAUUAACCAGAAAACCAAAAUAUGUAGCAACUUAAUACAGUACAGAAGCACACGAGUUAGAGCUGGUUUUGUUCAGAA